AUGCCCAAGUACAAACGAUCGAGUGCGAGCGUAACGCGACGCGAUGGUGGACUAAACAAGGCCAAAUGUGAUCUUGAACUUCGACCUCAACCUCGUGGUAUCGGUCAGGCGAUAUCCAUCCGUUCAUUAUCUAUGGCACCACGUACAAAUGACGGAUCCACCGCUGACCGUGAACGCGAACGGCAGAAAUACAAGGCACGCCUCGCCACCGCGAACGAAGAAGAUGACCCCCUUGCCGCGUAUCAUCAGUUCGUCCAAUGGACGGUGAAGAGUUACGGAGAACGCGACCCAGCAUCUGGGCUUGUAGAACUACUGAAGGAAGCUACUUCACAAUUCAAAGAAGACUCGGUUUACAAGACGGACCUUCGCUAUUUGAAAAUAUGGGCGCUUUAUGCGAGGCAGAUGGAUACCGCAGGUGCAAUUUCUAUCUAUUCAUAUUUGAUUGCGAACGAUAUUGGAACCUCUUAUUCGGCACUCUAUGAAGACUACGCCAACCUCUUGGAAUAUUCCGGCCGACGGCAAGAGGCUGAUUCAAUAUACCGCAAUGGAAUCAAGAAGUCUGCCCGACCUGUAGAAAGGCUAAAGACGAGAUAUCGAGAAUUCCAAAGCCGCGGCCCUCCAUCUUCUGCAGCAUCUCCUUCCACCAGCGCCUCUGUAUCAAGUUCGUCCAGGCCCGCUAAAGAUGCGUCGAAAUCAACAAGAGAAGCAUCCCCCGCUUCGUUCAAGCCUAAUUCUGCUCCCUAUGCUACAACAUUCAAUUCGACGCCCGAAUCACGAUAUGCCCUCAUGCUUGCGCCUCCUGCCCCUGGAAAGCGUCCAGAGAAGCUGCGAUUUAAUAUGUCACUGCUUUUCACGGAUGAAAGAGUGGAGUACUGUAUACAGGAAGCUCGCGCGAGAUCAAUGGGCCUGCUUGGGAAGAAAUGGGGUCCUCCACCUCUGUCGGAAUCCGCGCGCUUCUCGGAAUCCUUCUCCUCUUCCUCUUCAUCCCUAGCCGCUGUAGACUUCAACGACGAUGGCCACAAAUCCUCUCGGUUGAAGGCAGUUGGGCGUAAAAGCCUCAUGGCCGGAGCUGAACCUACGGUCACGAUUAACACAAAGGAAGCUCUUGCGGACGUGUUCGGAAUGUAUAACUCGCCCGAAAAGACGACCAAAUCGGCGAUUCCUGGUAGCAAGCACGCCCCUCUCAAGAAAAUUGAACCCGUUACGCCAGUCGUAGCUCCUAGAAUAGCAUUUUUAAAGGACACCGAAAACGCAGAUAAGCAGAGUGUGAAGACGCCAACACCCGCGUUCCGGCCGCUUACGGAUGAAAACGCUCAGCUUAGCACAAAUCGAGCGCCAGCUGCGAAGUUUACACCUUUCGUUGACCCAGAUCAACCCAAGGCUCCAUCCAAUACGCCUCGUGCCACUUUAUCGACCAAAGAUGCUGUUCAUCUUUCCUCUAACGCACGUAACGAGAACGCGCUACGCGGUAAAGGGGAAGAGAAAAGUAAUGAUCCCGUCUUCGCCAAAGUGUUCACCCCAGCGACAAAAGGAGUGCGACUUGCUCCUCUUCGUGAUGUAUUCACUGACGACCAUGGAAAACCGACUCCGAAGGUCAAGACGGCUCCAACUCAUGAACGAGCCAAGUCUCAACACGAUGUACUGCCACCACGUUCAGAAGACGCCCCAAAAUCUUCAGCGUUUGUGCCGUUUAAGGAUGAAAACGCUCGAACGCCCUUCAAGGUCUUCAGUCGACCUCCUGACCAGGAGAAUGUCUUCAACGCUUUAACACCGAAGACACCUUCCGUGGCGUUUACCCCUUUCGCGGAUAAAACUCCAGCCUUCACGCCUUUCAAGGAUAAUGCUCCUGCCUUCAAACCUUUCGUAGAUGCAACUCCUCUCCCAGAGCCAAAUAUGGCCCAGCCCCCGGAUGAGCCCGCUCAGACAGUCCAGAGCGUCGUGGAAAUUGAAGACGACGACGACGAGGAUACAAGCGAGGAAACAAUCGAGCAACAAGAGCCUGAACAUCUUCAAGAGGAACGGUACUACGAAGAAGAGGACUCCCAACUAGAGCAAUAUGACGUGCCAUUGGCUCCGGAGCAUCUUCCAGAGGAGUAUGAAGAUGGCGAGUCAUACCAGGAAAUACCUUUGGGCGGGCGUUUUGGCCAGUUCAAUGUGAUGACACCCAUCACUGAACGGACGUUCGAGUUUACUUCGAGUACGCGAGGCAAAACAACGCCCAGUGAAAGGUAUCUUGCUCACACAGAGGAUCCUCAACAAGCGGAGUACGAGGCAGCCAUUGCGGCAGGGCGGCUGGCGGCCGAACUCCAAGAGGAGGGAAGCGAUGAGGAGAUCGACGAAAACCAACCAAUUGAACCCCUCCGUCUGUCAGCAGAUCAGCCACCGCCUGCUCAGGUAGAUCCUGCUGAGGUCGUCAUCCUCGAGGAGAGAACGGGUUCGCUCAGUCUUCUCGACACAUUGACUUUAAGCUCCAAAUUCCGACCAAGCAACCCCUGCAACCCCUUCGAUCCUGCUAUCCUCUCUUCGUUGAUCUCCCGCAUCCCCACCGACCCCCACUUCUAUGACCUGCGAGCAGAAAAGGCCAACAAGUUGCCCGAUCUUGAACGGUUCAUGAAGAAGAGCAGAAAGGCUAGUUCAGGCAGCAACGGCGGUGUAUUGGAUUGCGAAUCUUUCCCCUUGCUGCUUCAAGGUCAUAAGUUCUUGAUAACAGAGAAACUUGGCGAAGGUGGCUUUGGAUCUGUGUUCAAAGCGAAGGAUGUAGGCGUGCGUAUGGGUGACGAUGGCGAUGACGAUGAUGACGAAGAUCUCGAUGAUGAGGACGAGGAGAUGUCUUCUAUGGUGGCUCUCAAAGUCGUGAAACCACGCAACGUCUGGGAGUAUCACGUCCUUCGACGACUGCAUUCUACUUUAUCUCCAUCCUUACGUCGGUCUGUCAUCCUUCCACAUGCGCUAUAUGCAUACGGCGACGAGAGCUACCUCAUUCUUGAUCUUUGCCCGCAAGGCAUGCUCCUGAAUAUUGUCAACAACGCUGUUUCUGCAGGGGUCUCCCAAGCAGGCGCAUGUCUCGAUGAACUCCUUGUUGCGUUUUUCACUAUUGAACUCCUUCGGCUCGUGGAAGCUAUGCACGGUGCAGGCAUCAUCCAUGGCGACUUGAAGAUCGACAACUGUCUCCUGAGGCUGGAAGACAUUCCGGGAGGUGCUGCGGCAUGGUCAGGCAUGUACCAGCCUUCUGGCGAAGGGGGCUGGAGCUACAAAGGCCUCAAAGUCAUAGACUAUGGACGGACAAUCGACACAAGACUUUUCCCACUCGGCCAGCAGUUCACUGCUGACUGGGCGACGGACGACCGUGACUGCUUUGAAGUUCGAGAGAACAGACCAUGGACAUACCAAACAGAUUACUUUGGCCUGGCUGGCAUCAUCUACUGCAUGCUCUUUGGCAAGUACAUCCAAGCCAGCUCGAUCACGACCUAUGUGGACGAUGGUGUACAGCGUCAUAAGAUCGCGACACCGUUCAAACGAUAUUGGCAAACGGAACUCUGGAACAGAUUAUUCGAUAUUUUGUUGAACCCUACGCUUGUACGGCCAAAGGGUGACCUGCCAGUCUGCGACGCCAUAUCAUCGGUACGAAAGGAUAUGGAGCAAUGGUUGCAAUCAAAUUGCAACAGGACGAGCAAUACCUUGAAGGGGCUGUUGAAGAAGGUUGAGUUGUCAUGCUAUAAGUUAUAG